GAAGAUGAGUUUCGGCGGGUGGAGGUUGAUGCUAACAGGUUGAAGAUGUCGGCUUCUUUCAGAGUAUUGAACAGCCGUGUGUCGGCUCUGUGUCUCUUACUGACACCGAGGAAUCAUCCGGUGCAAUGUUCGGUGGGUGGACGGUGGCUGUCAUGCUCACAAACAGGUGAUACCCUUCGGCCGCUAGAGGGCGUCAGAGUGUUAGACCUGACCAGAGUUCUGGCUGGUCCCUUUUCCACCAUGAUCCUGGGAGAUCUGGGAGCUGAGGUUGUCAAAGUGGAGAGACCAGGUGCAGGUGACGACACCAGAGCCUGGGGGCCUCCAUUUGUCGGUGCAGAGAGCGCCUAUUUCCUCAGCGUCAACCGAAACAAAAAGAGCAUUGCUGUGGACCUGAAGCAUCCCAAAGGAGCGAGAAUCAUCCAGGAGCUGGCAGGAGUGAGUGACGUGCUGGUGGAAAACUACUUGCCGGGGAAGCUCCAUGAGAUGGGUUUAGGAUAUGAGCAGCUGAGCAGAGUGAACCCGCAGCUCAUCUACUGCUCCAUCUCAGGCUAUGGGCAGACCGGUCCUCAGUCUCAGAGUCCAGGCUAUGACUCCAUCGCCUCUGCUGUAUCGGGAAUGAUGCACAUCACCGGGCCAGAGGAUGGAGACCCGGUGCGCCCUGGUGUUGCCAUGACGGAUCUGGCCACGGGACUGUACGCACACGGCGCCGUCAUGGCUGCCCUGCUGCAGCGGCACAAGACCGGGAGAGGGGUUCAUAUCGACUGUAACCUGCUGUCCUCACAGGUGUCCUGUCUCAGCCACAUUGCUGCUAACUAUCUGAACGCGGGGAAGGAGGCACAGCGCUGGGGGACAGCCCACGGGAGCAUCGUACCUUACCAGGGCUUCAAAACCAAAGACGGACACAUCGUUGUGGCUGCAGGCAACGACAAACAGUUUGUCAAAGUCUGUCAGGUUUUGGAGCUCAAGGAGCUCACAGACGAUUUAAAGUACAAAACAAACAAGCUGAGAGUCCAAAACCGCAAACAGCUGCUGCACACGCUGUCUGAGAGGUUUCUGCAGGAGAAGACUUCUGAUUGGCUGAGGAGGUUUGAGGGCUCAGGUGUUCCUGUUGGACCAAUCAACAACAUCCAGGAAGUGUUCUCUGAUGCACAGUUUGACUCACCAUGUCACUACUUCUUAACUUGAAUUAAUUGGCCAAAGAAGAGGAAGAAGAAGAAGAAGAAGAAGAAGAAGAAGACAGUGUUUAUAUCGGACAUAUUUAAUAAGAACUUGAAAGAGGAAGAACAACAAGAGGUGAAACAUGCAAAAAAAAAUCCAUCCAUCCCAAGACGUUCCUCUCCCCAGCAAAGUAUUUAGCUCCCCCUGGGGGAUCCCGAGAGGUUCCCAGGCACUGAGGGUAUAUAAAAAUCCCUCCAGGGCAUUGUGGUCUACGCUGAGGACUCCUGGAAAGCCUCCAAAGGCAGAUGACCAAGCGGCAUCCAAAUCAGAGGCCCGAACCACCUCUAGUGUCAAUUUCAUUUCUAGAGAAUUAAGUCUCCAUUCUUGGGGAUGUUUGUGCGUUACUUUAUGGAUAUGAAGUGAUUUUAUUUCGUCACUAUUGGCCCAACUAGGUUAAACUAUAAUGCAUGGAAUUAAACCAUAAACCCUUUUAGUGUAAAUUACUUCUGUGUUUUUCUUAUAAAAACUUCUCAGCAUUAAACCGUAAAUACUGGAUGUGUUGGCUUCUCUUUCUCGGAAACUGCACCUAACUCAGUAACGGACAGUUUUAUUGCUUUUACUGAUGAGCGAGAACUCCCGAGCUUUUACUGAAUGCAUUUACUCGUUCUUUUUUGUUGAGUUAUAGCCUUGUUAUCUUUAGAGCACUUUUUUUUUUUUAUCUUAGUUUGGAAAGAAAAUCUACAAAUAAUCUUAAUAACUGUCUGGAAACUGACAAAUUAAACAGAAACACCGUAGAAUUAUUGCUGAAGAAGAUGUCAGUCCUUACUGAACUCUCAUUCCCAGGUCAGGAGGACCUCACACCGCAUCAUUGGAAGGCAAAGCGAGCGAUCAGACGCAUUCUUAGAGACACUCCUUCCAUAUGGGCUUGACUGAAGGACAGGUGGAAGGAUUAAAGGUGUGGGAAUAGACAAAACGUUUCAGAUUUCCAGGUUAACAGAAAGAUCAGAUGCAGAACUUUAGCGUCAGAUUCUAUUCAUAUAUAUUAGACGUGACAGUAUUUCUGACUUUGUAAUAAAUGGAAUGAUCAGACCAUAGAGUUUUUUACUAGCCUGGAAACGUUUGGUCUUUAUCCUGACAGCCUGAUGUGAUCUAGUUUUCGUCAGAGAUCCAAAUUCAAGG